GUCACCGUCCCCCGUUCCAGGAUCUGAUGAGCGCCUUCUUUGUCCUACGCUUUCUGUAGAAGGCUUGAAACAGAGGUAAGUACUUACCUAGUCGGCACUACAGCGCUCCUGAAUCGACCACUGUAAGCGAUCAUCAACCAAGUCUUCUACUUUCUGAUGAUCUGAGCUCUAGGCCGAUGAUGCGAGACUUGGGAUUGCGUCGAUCACCGAAUCCUCCCCAUUUCCUCCCAUAUCAUGGGUGCUUGUUCUUCCCGCCGAGUCACACUCCGCUGACGAGUCUGUGCAAAUAGCGCCAAAGUCGAUGAAGCCCCUUCUGAAUGUCUGCCAUAGGUAAUGCAGCCGUCAGCAUUGGUUCAACUCGCCAUAGUGUAAGCCUGUCCGUCCUAUUACUCACCCAGACCCCCCCAAAACCAACAUGCAGACUACGGUUGAAGCGUAGAGGUUUGCUUUUCCACUUUCCGCGAUGCGAACGUUCCACCAACGUAGGAGGGGAGGAAAGCUGCCUGGCCAUGGUUGGUUACCACCUGAAUAUGAAGGCCGUCAGUACCUGGUACUCGGUUCGCCUCUACAUGCCUGCCAACACUGGCGGAGACAAGAAGAAAGGAAGGGGUGAUUACCUCAAAGCCGGCAAACCGAUCAACACCAUCAUCCCCAUAGCAUGCUUGCAUCUCAACGAUACGCUCACCGCCUGGACCAUCAAUUGGAAACUCGAACUUCUCUGUCAGCUUGGACGACAGUGUCGCCGACGUCAAAGCCGCGUCCGAGUAGCCGAAACGGAGCGGACUCUGGCCUGCCGCGCGAGAUAUUUCAAUGGCGAGCACAAUUGGAAUGGAUUCAUCGCUUUCAUCAACCCAGACGGUGGCACCGAGAACGUGCUGCAACUCUUGACCUCGGACACCUCCGAAUAUCAGGGUCGACAAGGGCAAAUCCUGGUCAGGAUCUGAUUUCAGUAUGCGCUUGGUCCCUAGGAAUGUGAGGUGUGGCCCGGGAAAGUCAGGGUGCCAGAGGGUUGUGUGGUCGAAUCCCUCGGGCCCCGCUUGAUCUGUGUGACUCGGUCGUCCGUUUGAGAUGGAUAAGGACCGUAGCUCAAGGGCCUAGAGUCGAAAGGAUGUGGUUAGAUCAGGCAAAGUGAGCAUUGGGAACUACCCAGAGGAGAGACUGACGUCGAAGCCACCUUUCAAAUGUUUAACAACAACUUGCCCUCGUAGGACAAGUCUUUUCUUCGGAAUACCAUG